AUGAACUUUCAACAGACAAUAGCGUCGAUGCGGCUGCUGGCAGCCGCUUGUCUUCUAUCUUCAUUUGUGGUUACAUUUUUCACGUGCACUGUCAAAGGUUCAAAUGCUAAAACUGAUGAUUGGUCCAAUGCAUAUAGCCAACACCUUUAUUCAGACUUAACAGGAACAAUAAGUGAAUUAACAUCUAAUGAAAAUAAUGACGACACGGAUACUCGUUUUCAACCUCCGCUUGACACCGAUAAGAAAAAGAUGCAACCGAUGGAUGAAGGUUAUCGGUUAGCUAGUACUGAAUUAAGUGCACCUUCUAUAGCUUUACCAAUCAAUAAAGAUGUAUCACCCGAGCGAAAUAAACGUGAUGUGGUACUAUCGGAAAAUUCAACGACAUCUACGGUUUCAAUGCAACCUGUGAUACAAGUUAGCACUGAACUAUUGCCGUCGAGAUCACCAAACAAUACUUCCAAUGAUGGAUCAAUUAUAAGUGAUGCUGAUGCCAAUUCAUGGGCCGAUAUUUUAUCGUUGUCGUCUGUUGUGGAUGGCAGUGGAAUAGAACCUGAGACAACAUCAGGAACAGAGCCAACAAGUUAUACAUACACAGCAGCUUCAACUAUUCAACUGACCACUUUUGAAUCUACUACGGAAUCAACUAGCAGUUUCGUAUCGGGUACGACUUCAUCAAUGAAUAAUGAAACAGAAACAACUACCCAAGUAUCGGUACCAAUCACUGAAGAAACAUCAACUCUAUCUAUAAAUUCUGAAAGUACUGUUGAAGAAUCCACUGCUACUGAAACUGUAGAAGCAUCGUCGGCAUUGCCAGCAUCGGAAACGACAACAGCAACAACAACAUUAAUCGAAGGUACAGAAACAACAACUGUGGAAAUGUCUACAAUGGAAUCUAUUACAGAAUCAACUGCUAGCUCCGUAUCGAAUACCACUCCAUCAGUAAAUAACGAAACAGAAAUAACUACUCAAGUAUCAGUACCAAUGACUGAAGAAGCGUCGACUCUAUCGGUAACGUCUGAAACUACUCCAGUAGGAGCAACUAUUACUCAAGGUGAACAAACAUCAUCGGCAUCGCCAGCACCGGAAAUUGUAACAACAACUAGUGAGAUACCUACACUUGAACCUGCUACGGAGUCUACUAUUUCUUCAAUACCAGCUACUACUACAUCAAAUUACACUGAAACGAACGUCAGUACUAGUGUUUCAAUGUCAACAACUCAAGAAACAUCGGCUGCAUCAGUAACUUCUAAUGUUACCGCAGGAGAGUUUACCAUUACUGCUGCUGAACAAACAUCUUUGACGUCGGAAUCAUCUCAGACUACAAUAACGACAUCAAUUCAAACUACACAAACAGAAGCAAUGAAUGUCGCAACUACUACGACUCCUGUUUCAUCGUCAACUAAUAGCCAAGCUGUAACUGAAAGUACUGCUGGAGGUGUUUUUACUUUAGCAACUGUUUCAACCACAGCUGCUGUAACAAUGGAAACUAUGUCGGCAUCAGAAUCUACGUUAACUACAGUAUCAUUAACGCCAGCUCAAUUAAGUACAGCCAGUACAACGUCGAUGGAGACUUCAGGAAUCACGACAGAAUCGACUACUCUAAGUACUCAAAGUAUUACAACUGGAGUUGUGACUGAAACAAAUGCUAGCACUGAAUCAACUUCAUCGUCUAUCGCUACAACAAGUAAUCAACCAGUAUCGAUUACGGAAAUCACUACUAGCUCUUCUACCCAAUCGCCUACAGCAACAACAAGUUUUACUCAAGUAACAACUCAAAGUCCCCCAGCGACUACGUCAUUUUUUCUCGAUUAUAUAUAUAAUGUUAACGGUUCAGCCUCAGUUCGAUCCGUUUCUAAUGCCUCGAUUGCAUCGUCUAUUAUCGAAUAUCAAAUAGCUAACAUUUUGUACUCAAUGAAUGUAACUUGCAAUGAUACAUGUAUACAAAUAAAUCAAACUUCGAAUCUCACACCUCCUGAUGUUGAAUUCCUUGUUAAUUUAAAUGUAUCACUCGACACUUCACAACGUAUUGUCUUGGUGAAUGACCUUUUUAUUAAUAAUGUUACUUUCAAUGAUAGUUACAGUUUGACUGUUAGAAUUAUUAUGAAUCCAACAACCACUACUCUCUUGAAUUUUACGAUUGUCAUUCCAGCGUGUAAACAAUGUGAAUAUGAUGGCACAGGAGUUUGUGCUAACAACAAUACCAUUUGUACAUGUAACCCCAACUAUGAAGGUCUCUAUUGUCAAAAUCCUGCUCAAACAACAGCAAGUUAUUUGUCGACUACUGCUACUAGUCCAACAUUCUCAACUACAAAUUUGACUAGUACACUAACUUCAAUGCAAACAAACGAAAGUUUACCGACUAGUGUCACAGCAUCGACUAUCGUUAGCACUAUAACUAGUGUAACCGUAACACAGCCCACAGAAUCCUCAUUUACAACAGCUGCCACAGAAAACAUACUUACCAGCUCAGCUACGACGGAGACUGCUAGCACAACAAGUUCAUCUACUGCCCCUGUUACCGUACAAGCAGAAACAACCGUAGGUACGCAACCUAUAUAUACCUCAUCUACAUUAAGUUCAACAGCGAUAACGGCCGAAAUUUCAUCAACAGAAUCGCAAACAAGCCAAAUCACAACAGCAACAACAGGCCCCACCAGUUCAGAAACGGUGAGCCAUACCAGUCAAGAAGCAACAGGCCCGACCACUACAGGAACACUGAGCGUUACCAGUGCAGCAACAACACAAUCUACCAGCUCAGAAACACUGAGCGCUACCAGUUCAGCUACAAUAGUCUCCACCAGUUCCGAAACGGUGAGCGCUAUUAGUACAGCAACAACAGUCUCCACCAGAGCAGUGCGCCCGACCAGUGCAGCAACAAUAGUCUCCACCAGUUCAGGAGCUGUGAGCGCUACCACUGCAGGAACAAGCGCAACAUCUGUUCAAUAUACGACAGCAGCAACAACAGCUACACCAACCACUCAAAGAUGUGUAUGGACACUCUGGAAUGUGACAUCCAGCUGCUCGCAAACAUGUGGAGUAGCAUUUCGAACAGCUGCUCGUUCAUGCGUCGAUUCAAUAACCGGUUUAGUUUGUAAUAGUGUUGCUUGUGGUGGAGGGAACUCGACCCGAACUGAAAGCUGUUCUAGUUCUCCACCCUGCGGAACAAUAAUAGUCACCCCAACGCCUAGUAUUCGCAACCCUAGCUUACAAAUUACUUCGUACCGAUUACCGAAUCAAAUAUACCUUUUUGAUAAAAAUUACAUGAGCAUUUGGAUAACAAAUAAGGGUUAUAUCAGUUUGGGUACACCUUUUUACAGUCAAACAAUGACAAAACCGAUAUUUGAUCUGCUUGGUGGUGCGACGAUUAUAGCUCCAUUUUGGACUAAUCUUCUGUUUGAUAAUUCUUCGAGCAUCGUUGCUAAUUGGUAUAAUUCUUUGACUGCUAAUCAAACUGAAACGGCUGCCUACAAUUCUACCAUUCAUCAAGUAAUUAGUGAUGCUUGCCCAAGAACUGUGUGUUCCCAGAAUCCUGCAGCAGUUCGAGCUGUUCAAAUCAAUUGGAAAAAUUUUUAUUACACUUCUCUUGCUACCAAUCAAACAAUAAACGUCUCGUUUUCGACAUAUCUGAUAAAUAUAUAUGACACAAGUUCUUAUAGUUAUCCAGUUCUUGACGCAUACGUUUCGUUUGAUUAUACUAAUCUUACAAGCAACUUAGGUGAUCUCAGGCCGUUUGUGGGUUAUCGCGGAAGUAAUUCCAUGGUAAACGUUUUCAAUGAACCACGUGCUACUACAAAUGCAGUAUUUCUAACGAAUUCUUCAAGUCAAAACUCGUAUAUUGGAGGUACCUUUUUAACUCACUGCUACGUGAGCUAUUUAAAUCAAAUAACACACUACAACCUCAAUCCUUUACAAAAUUUGAAUGAUGCCACACAAAAUCCCCGAUUUCCUUGUCCUUGUACAAUCGGUCAAGCACGAGCAGAUCGACGUUUUAGUGCUCUCUUGAGUGAAAAUAAGUAUGAAAGAUUACAAACCCUUCGUUGCUACGCACCAAUAACUACAUCUUGGAUACGUGUUGGUUUUGUUUUUCAAUUACUUAAAUCUCAAACAUGUUGCUACAGAGAAACAGGUGGCGGCUUAAUAACUUAUGGUGAAUUCGCUGGUUCAGUACUACUAAAUCCAUCUUUAAUUUUCGCAACAUCACCUGGUGCUCGACGAAUUUCUUUCCACGAUCAAUGUUGUGCACCAACAAUCUCGCUAGGAACUGCAGAUUGGAAUAUAUGUCGUCUUUAUUACGAACUUAAUCCAGCAAGCAGUUGCACAGGAUAUCGACCAACGGCUAUGAUUUUUGGUAACGGUGAUCCGCAUGUAAACACCAUUGAUAAUGGACAAUAUACAUGUCAUAUUCAAGGUGUUUAUAUAUUUGCUCGAACAACGUCUGCGGCUAAUGCGACAGCUCAAGAGAACAAUAAUAACAGCGGCACAGUUGAUAGUAACCUUAUUCUUCCGGAUGAUCUAUUUGAAAUACGUGUUCGUUCUGUAUCAAUACCACCAGUUUUAUCUUAUGUUGAACGACAGGUGGGUAAUGCGUCGCUGUUUUCCAGCUAUUCAAUUCUCGCCAGUGGUUAUACGUUUAAUAUCAGCAAUAUUAAUGGACAAUUCGGUUUUGUUGUGAGUAAUGGCUCAUGGAAUCUAUCAUUGACCAGUCAGUUAGCCAACAAUUUAAACUAUGAUAAUGCACAGAGUAUGGAUAUGACACAACAAUAUGCUUAUCGCGUUGUACAAACAAAUGCAACUACUGGAAGUCUUUCUGUACCUCAAAUAACAGUCAUCAUCUGGUCUGGUCUUUCGAUGCAAUGUCAGAUUGUUAGUGCAAAUCUUGAUUGUAUUUUAUCAUUACCAGGAAAAUAUUAUUCACUGAUCGAAGGCUUAGUGGGUAACUUUAAUGGGAAUUAUUCUGAUGAUCUAGUGAAUCGUGGAACAAGUCAACCGGUUGCCAUCGCAUCUGCAACUGGUGGACCAUAUACCAGCAAUGACUCCGCAGUUCUUAAUGCUUGUCUUUCAUGGAAAGCACCAGAUGAUCUGACGCCAAAUAUAACACAGCCAAUUAUGCCUUCGUAUUUGGUUAAUAUAUUUUAUAAUCAAAAUGAAAAUACUCUAGCGAGCUUGAAUCCACUUCUAAGUACAACUCAGCUGAAUACAACAUGUGCAGAUAGUUUUGAAUGUCGUCAUGACUAUAUCAUACGAAUUAAUCCAGUAGCUAGUGCAGCAACAGCUUCAGGGCUGAAUUCAUUUCAACAAUCAGCAGCAGUAUUAGAGGAACAAAUUCCAACUAUCAAUAUAACUUCAAGCGUACAAAUAGCAUUGCCAUAUAAUAGUACUAAUCGUAAUUAUGUAUUACCAAUUGCUAUUGGUGGGGCAACAAGUACAAUGGUCAAUAUUUCUCAAAAUGGUGUUGUUACCAGCAGCAAUUUUAAUAAUCAGACUAUAUCGAUUCCAAUGCCGACUAAUAUCUCGAGUUAUGUCCAAGUUAGCUUGAUUAUUAGUUAUGGUGUGAAUUCCACAUUGCUGCAAUAUUUGGACAUUGUCGCUUGUCUGUGCGUAGAUCCUUCUUAUUGUAAUUAUCUUUAUACAAAUCAAACAUGGGCUAACUAUGCAGUUGCUCAAUGCGACUGUCCGGGUCAAUAUUCAGGAGAUUUUUGUCAAUCGACAUAUAAUGCAUGUAGUUCGGAUAGUGCAUGUAAAAUCAAUUGGAACAAUUUAACAACAUGCAUAGCAUACAAUGCUAGCGAGCAACUCUCAAAAGGACAAUCGUUUACUUGUAAUGGCUCGUGUGCCAGUGGAUUCAGUUCAACUAAUAAUUACACCUGUGACGAUAUAAAUGAAUGUGCACAGAAUUCAACUCUAUGUGGAAGUAGUGGUACAUGUGUUAAUACUCUUGGAGGAUAUUCAUGCAAUUGUAGUAGUGGCUAUCGAUUUGACUCUAGCACAUGUGUUCAGAUAGAUCUAUGCCGGGCACCGAAUGUGAAUGGUGUGUUUAAUGUUCAGUGUAAUGACAGUCAAGUUUGUAACUAUACAAACGGCACCUAUUCAUGUGACUGUAGUCCUGUUUUUAAUGUAAAUGGAACUUGUCAAUACAAUGCAAGCUAUUGUAGUAAUGACACCUGCCAAUACAAUGGAUCUGUGUCAUGCUUGCAUGGUACUAUCAACACUAAUGGCACUUGCGUUCCGUGGUGUAGUUCAACUUGCCCUGGCUUUUGUGAACUCACGAAUAAUCGUGCUUAUCAAUGCAAUUGUUGGAACACUCCUGGCUUUCAGCUUUCUUCGGAUGGAACACGCUGUUUAUCAUGUAACGGAACGAAUAGUUAUGGUUACAAUUGUAGUCAGCAAUGUGCGUGUGCGUAUGGCACUUGUAAUCCAGCUGCGACAAGUGCAAACGGAUCUUGUGGUUGUCAAUCUAUGUAUGGAGGACUAUUUUGUAGUAAACUCAUUGACAUUUGUGCGACAAAUAAUCCUUGUAACACUGCUACACAAGACUGUACAACAGAUCCAACGACUGGAAAUGCAACCUGCAGUUGUAAGUCUGGUUAUCAACUAAAUGGAACGAAUUGCACAGACAUCGAUGAAUGUACAUCAGAACUAAGCAGUUGUGCUGUCGAUGUUUCGUAUUGUGUUAACACAGUUGGAAGUUAUAAUUGCUCUUGCUUACCUGGUUAUCAGCUUGUUAACGGCUCAUGUACUAGUAUAGAUCAAUGUAAUACUACUGCGGGACUCUGUUCAAUCUAUACGAAUACAUAUUGUGUUAGUACUCCAGGUUCAUAUCAAUGUCGAUGUAACGAUCAAUAUGGAUUAGGAGGCAAUCCUUCACAAACAUACGCAGAUGUUCGGAAUACAAGUAGUACAUGCUUACCAUUAGAUUAUUCAUCAUUCUGCCAAAAUCAAUGUGUACCACCCGCUAGCUGUAGUGCAUCGACAGGCAAAUGUGUAUGUCCACUAUCAACUAUGAGUAUUUCCUAUAGUAAUACUAGUGCAAACGAAACUUGUCUAUGUCCAAAUGAUCCAUUUUAUAUUUAUAAUGGAAGUGCUUGCGUCAGUUCAAUUAAUGCUACAGCCGACACCCAAGUAACAAUUAAUUUCAUGCUAAUACCAACCGGGAAAAUUGCAGCUCUCAAUACUACGACGUCACAGAACGUUACGCUCACAAUAUCGAACUUUUUCGCAACUCUCAACAAAAUAUGUGACGCAUCAUGUAUAAGUAUAUACAAUACAAUGAAUCCAUUAGUAGAUCUUCAACUUUUCGUUUUGGCGAAUGUUUCAUUGAGCAGUUUGCAACGAAUAGAGUUUGUAAGGUUUAUAUUUUCGCAACCGAGUCUCUACAAUACCAGUUACUCUACAAACUCGGUAGCAAUGAUAAUAGAUCCGACAACAAAUAUUACCGUUCUUUUUGCAUCACCGCCAAAUCUUUGUGACGUAUGUAGUGCUACUCACGUGGGUGUUUGCAAUGCAAAUAACGAUGGUUGUACCUGUUUGUCUGCUUAUCAAGGACAGUAUUGUGAUACUCCUGCACUUCAAUCUACAUCGGACAAUCGAAGUUGGACCAUUAUUGUUGCUGUUGUCAGUGCUGUAGCUGGUCUUUUACUAAUAAUUUCUCUUGCUAUGUGUAUAUUCUUUUGCAAAAAACGACAUGAGACAUCACCUAAAGUUCCAGCUACAACAAAGAACCGUCCGUAUUUUACAAUACCUCGUGUCCAUCUUCCAACAUUGGGUAGCGGCCCAAUAUUUACUCUGGAUAAUACCAAUGAUGGAUCAUAUACGGACGGAGCAGACUCAAUACCGUCGAACUCAAAUACAACAUAUAAUGCAACAUAUCGUACAAAUGGUGGAGAUCCUCCCGAACCCAACUUUUCUAUAUUUGAUGCCUUAGAAAAUGGAAUUAAUUCUUCCAAAGGCCAUAUACCUCGACCGCAUAUGAUUGGCAUGCUUGAUACAUUGAAUAGUUUUCCACCACAGGAACAAUUCGGUGGACUAUCAGAAGCACAAAGCACAUUUUCCGAUAGUCAAGAUAUCGACGAUAUUGAGUUAGUUACUGAUAUGCUUGACGAUAUGACCAAAGACGACGAUAUGGAAGAUGAAUUUGUCGAAGCGUUGAAUCCAAAUCUAGCGCUACCAAGAUCAGCUCUACAACCAGAAACGAAACCAUCAGGAUGGUUUGGCUUCUUUCAAAAUUCAUAA